GGAAACUUUAAAUUCAACAUUUAGUGGGAUAUUAAAAAAUUAGUUUAGGUGACAGAGUCUCAUUGGACCAUUUAUACAAAGAAAUUAAAAAAAGUUGAAGAAGAAGAAGAAGGGCAAAACAAACACAUGCGAAAUUAUAAUGGACUGCCUCAUCUGUGCUCUUAUCUCUUUACUUACACACACUCUCCAGGUCCCUCACUUCUCUCAUUGGACCUCUCUACCUCUCUCUCUCUCUCUCGUGUUUAAAUUCUUCUCCCUUUCUUUCCUCAUUUUCUUGUCUAUACCAAAUCCCAAACACUAGCUCCUCUUUUUAACUUUUACAAUCACCAAACCUAGUUCUUGAUCAUGAAACGAACCCAUCAAGAAACGUCUGUAAAAGAAGAAGCUCUUUCGAUGUCCGAUUAUGGCAAGAAUCUUGAAGGUACCAUUGGUUGUGGUGGUGGUGGAGACGAUAACAUAGACGAGCUUCUCUCUGUUUUAGGGUACAAGGUUCGAUCAUCUGACAUGGCGGAUGUUGCACAGAAGCUUGAACAGCUUGAAAUGGUGUUGACCAACGACAGUGAUGAUGUUGUUGGCUCUUCUUAUAAUUUCUUAAACGACACGGUUCAUUACAACCCUUCUGAUCUCUCCGGAUGGGCUCAGACCAUGCUCUCCGAGCUCAACUACUACCCGGAUCUUGACCCGACGACCCGGAUUUGCGAUCUGCGACCAAUCACAGACGAUGACGAUUGUUGCAGUAGCUAUAGCAACAGCAGCAAGAGGGUUCGACUCGGUCCUUGGUGUGACUCUGUUAGCAGCGAGUCAACUCGUUCCGUGGUGCUCAUCGAAGAGACCGGAGUCAGACUCGUCCAAGCGCUAGUGGCCUGCGCCGAAGCGGUCCACCAGGAGAAUCUUAGCCUCGCGGACGCUCUGGUGAAGCGCGUGGGAUCACUCGCAGCUUCUCAGGCCGGAGCAAUGGGAAAAGUCGCCACCUACUUCGCCGAAGCUCUAGCUCGUCGGAUUUACAGGAUCCACCCUUCUUCCGCCGCCAUUGAUCCUUCCUUCGAAGAAUUGCUUCAGAUGAACUUCUACGACUCCUCUCCUUACCUCAAAUUCGCACAUUUCACGGCCAACCAAGCGAUUCUAGAAGCUGUCACGGUGGCGCGUAGCGUGCACGUAAUCGAUCUAGGCUUAAAUCAAGGGAUGCAGUGGCCGGCGUUAAUGCAAGCGUUAGCUCUCCGAGCAGGUGGUCCACCGUCGUUUCGUCUCACCGGCGUUGGUGGUCCGUCGAAUCGUGAAGGGAUUCAAGAGUUAGGUUGGAAGCUAGCUCAGCUGGCUCAAGCCAUCGGCGUCGAAUUCGAAUUCAAUGCUCUAACGACGGAGAGAUUAUCCGAUCUCGAACCGGAUAUGUUCGAAACCAGACCCGAAUCAGAGACUCUAGUGGUUAAUUCGAUUUUCGAGCUACAUCCGGUUUUAGCUCAACCCGGUUCGAUCGAAAAGCUGUUAGCUACGGUUAAAGCGGUUCAACCGAGCAUUGUAACUGUGGUUGAGCAAGAAGCGAACCAUAACGGCGCCGUUUUCUUAGACCGGUUCAACGAAGCGCUUCACUAUUACUCGAGCUUGUUCGACUCACUCGAGGAUAGUGUUGUGAUCCCGAGCCAAGACCGGGUCAUGUCGGAGGUUUACUUAGGGAGACAGAUUCUGAACGUGGUGGCGGCGGAAGGAACCGAUCGGAUCGAACGGCACGAAACGCUGGCUCAGUGGCGGAAACGAAUGGGAUCCGCCGGGUUCGUCAAGGUAAAUCUCGGAUCAGACGCAUUUAACCAAGCGAGUUUGUUACUGGCGAUAUCUGGCGGCGGAGAUGGAUAUAAAGUGGAGGAAAAUGACGGUAGCCUAAUGCUUGCGUGGCAGACGAAACCGCUCAUCGCUGCAUCGGCUUGGAAACUCGCGGCGGAGCUGCGGCGGUAGAGGAUGAUACGUCAUACGUCGUCGUCGCGAAGAAAAAAAAACUUAGGCAACUUUUUUUCCUUUGAUAUAUAAAAAAAUAAAAUUACGAAAUUUUUUGUU